UUGUUUUGGAUUUUUUCAUUCAUUUUCAACGAACACAUACAAACGAUAAACAUCAUAAAAAAAAAAAUCAACAGAAACAGGAAGAUAAAAGAAAUAAGCACGGCAGAGCUUUCUGGGUAACAGAUCGGAGUCCGAUCUGGGGAAUCCCACCCAUGGGAUCAAGCCCAAAUCCUUCCCCUCACUGCUUCCCGAAAAGAAUCCUAUGUUUUUAUGGUUUACCUAGCAAAAGGAGGCCGAAAUACUGUCGAAAUCUCACCGAAAUCACCUCGGUUUUCUUCUCUCUUCUUUUCCCGAAAUCCAGAACAAUGAAAACCCAAAAACCCUCCCUAAAGAACACCAGAUCUGUUCCUUUCAAUUUUUCAAUUCUUCUUCUUCCUCCAAAAAAACAGAUCUCCAUCUCUCUCCUUUUUCUUCGAACCUCUCCCUCAUCUAAUUUUUUUCUAUAUAUAUACCCAAAAAAAUAAAAUAAAUAAAACAAAAUGAAAUAAAUAAAAAAAACUUGCUCCGUUAAUCACUGAUGAUGCCAAUUUUGUUUGGUAUGUGCAGUUUUUUCUGUAGGUGAGGCAAGGACAUGGCUGUAGCGAGCAAGAGUGCAGAGGCACGGGAUUGGAGUGCAGAGUGCAGGAGCGUAGGCUCGGUGCAGCAGCAGGGGCGCAGGCGUUCAGGGGGUAGGGCGCGGUGUAGGAGGUAGGGCCGUAGAGGGGCGUAUGAGCGUUCAAGGGGGGUGUAGGGAGGUAUGAUUGCCGGUGAUGGCUAGGGCGUGCAAGGGGGGUGUAGGGAUGUAUGAUUGCCGGUGAUGGCUAGCUAUUGUGGCUACCGGCUGGUUUUGGGGGCGAAGCUAGUUCGGGAGAGAGAAAAGUAAAGAUGGAAGAGGAAGGGGAAGGUUCCAGAUGCC